AACGGGGUGGGAAACGCGCCCGGAGCGCCUCGCCCGGCCUGCGUAGGAGCGGAGAAGGGGCAGCGGGGCCACCCCGCGCAUUGGGUUUGCGCCCAUUGAAAGGCUGAGUCUGAAAUGCGAGUUUUAGCGGAGUUAGCAGCUGUCCUAAUUCCCUUGCCUUCCCAUACCUAUGCAGUAAUUCACCUGGCUCUUUGCAAGACAUCUGAUACUGCACCAGGAAAAUACUCUUUCUUGUAACGAUACCAUAAAAUCUGGCUGUAAUAAAUUAAGCUUUUUUAAAAGUGUUAUUCCUGAAAAUGGAUUUUCGAUUUAAUUUUGCUGUUGAUGAACAUGAGAACAGUGAGGCAGAUGCUCACUUCUUGGUGCUGUGCUCUCCACAACACAAGCAGGAAUCCACAGAAAAGAGCAGGAAAACGGCUGAUCCUGCAGCAGACUCCAGCCCUAAGCUGGGUACUGAUAAGCACCAGAAUGAGACAACUUCAAAGAAAAAGCUCUGUGUGAAAGCUGCCAAGGAGCAUAGUAUUCCCGAAGAUCUCAACAAAGUAUUGGAAAAUAAAGUCAUGGAAACAGUAUUGGACCUGUCUUACGUAAAGUUGUCUGUAUUGGAAAUUAUGUGUUCGGGUGACACCGACAGAGAAGGCAUCGUGUCCAAAAGUGUUUCUUCUCACUCUGAUCUCAUCCCAGGAGUCUAUGAAGGAGGACUGAAAAUCUGGGAAUGUACCUUUGAUCUCAUGGAGUACUUUUCUGAGGCUGAAAUAGAAUUUACCAACAAGACUGUAUUGGAUCUUGGCUGUGGGGCUGGAUUGCUGGGAAUUGUUGCUUUAAGGGGUAAAGCUGACAGAGUCCAUUUUCAGGACUACAACAGCACAGUGAUUGAUGAAAUAACCUUGCCUAAUGUGGUGGCCAACUGUAUUAAUGAAGGCAGGAGGAUGGGCAGUGGGAAGGACAGAAAAGCCAGCAAGACUCCUUCAAAGAGAGCCAGAAAAGCAGAGGGCUCACCUAACGUGCUCAACAGAUGCAGAUUUUUUUCUGGAGAGUGGUCUCAAGUCAGCCAGCUCCUGUUAAGCAGCAACAAACCCUUUUCAAAGUAUGACAUCAUUCUCACCUCUGAGACCAUCUAUAAUCCUGACUACUACAGUGCUCUGCAUGAUACACUAGCUGAGCUCUUGGAUAAAAAUGGCUGUGUGUAUUUGGCAAGCAAAGUGCAUUAUUUUGGAGUUGGUGGUGGUAUCUAUCUUUUUGAGAAAUUCAUUGAAAAGAAAAAUGUGUUUAGAACCAAUAUGGUUAAAACAAUUAAUCAGGGUCUGCAGCGAUGCAUUAUGGAAAUUGCUUUUAGAGAUUCCUGUUAAAAUUAAACUAAUCCUUCAAAAAUAACUCAAAAGUGUUUUAAUCCUCAUAUCUCUUUGCUUUUUCCUCUUGUUAUUCUGGUUUGACAAGUUAAGGAUGUUGGUUGUUGAAAUGUUUGACAAAUUCUGGUGUCUGACUAGAAGUGAGGGACUUUUCUGAUGUCAACUUUGCAUAGAGAUCUGCUUAAAGCAGCACCUUUUGAUGAUAACUAAUUGUAAUUUAUUUGUGUUUAAAGGUUAAGCAAGUAGUUGUCUCCAGCCAGACUUUCACAUUCUUUGUCAAGACCAGAACUGUACAGCACAGGAAUGACAUACAUCACAUGGGGAUGACACAGCAGUGACCAUGAUGUAUUGUAACUGAAUUAGAUACAGUUAGCAUCCAAAAUUAGUGCAAGAGGCUUUUCUCAAGGGUUGGGUGGUUUAACUGCAGCCGGAUUCAGGCAGGGAGCACACACCUCUGAGCUCUGCUGCUUUGCCAGCAGAGGGGGAUGUGAUUGUAGUUAUCACUUGUGUUCUACCCUGCUGGGGAUCUCAGAAGUCCAUGUAAUACUUCCAUGUGUAACGCACACAUGACUUUUUCAAGCCUUUUUAAAAGUGUAACACAAUACUUACUACUGUGGUCUGUGAAUUUUCACAUUCAGAUUCUGACAGAGGCUAAGAAAAUUUUGCCAAGGAAUUAGAAAAAGCCACACUGGUUUAAAAGCUAACUUCAAAGAAUAUUCUACCCAAAAAUAGGCUCCUUAUGCCAACUAACCAACAAGCCUACAAAUGAAAUACUGGAGGAUGAUAGAACUGAGCUUUAGGAGACAACUGGAAAAGGAGAUAAACUGUGCUAUUAAAUAGGACUUUAAUUAGAUUGCUGUACUGUUUUAACAAGAUUUUUCCAGAAAUUAACUGCCCCAUUUUCAAAACUUGCUGGGGGUACUACUGAACAUCCACACCUCUUCAGUCUUUUCACAGCAGUUUGGCAGGACAGAAAGCACUCAGAAAAGCCUGCAUACAAGGCACUUUCAUCAGCUGAAGAUAGUGAUGUUGCUGAAGAAAUUGCCUUACCAAAAACGCAAACAAACCUGAAGAACUACAAAACCUGGUCUUGAGUGCUGUCACCAGCAAUUCAAUGAAAGAAAGAAAAUCCACUGCAUGUUUUGUCUUAGCCAAAACCAGACAAGAAGCUAUUACACAGCUUAUGUCAUCAUGCACUGCUUUAUCAGGUACCCCUGCAGAAAUAGAAACUUGGAGACAGCGGCCACUGCAGUAAAUUGGAUGCAAGGAUACUCAGUGCAGAGCAGAAGGAACAGCAAUCUGAUGGGAUGGAAAGAAACUUAUUACAGCAGUGAUCUAAAUCACUUUAAUUAUGGCAUCAAGUUUCCAUCACUGAAGAUGCUGAAACCCCAAGGUUCCUAUUUUAAUCCUGCUGCUAUUAAGACAGAGUUGUAAAGGAUUUCCUGUACUUUACAGGAGAGCCUUAACUACUGUUUCAGACUAUUUUAAAGGGAUGCUUUGGAAACUACUGAACUUGCCCUUUCAUAGGGCAGGAGAGGGAGGAAAAAAGUCAGUUUUGCCAUGACCGUCACUGUGCUUUGGAAUUUUUCUGCACCAACUCUGAAACUUAUUGACAAUAACUGCUGACUACAGCCUGAGGAACAAAAAAAGUUUUUGCUUUGGCAGAUCAAGAAGGUACUGUUAACAGCUGGGGGUUUUUUUUUGUCAAAGCAGAAAAGCUGGAAACAAAUGGAUUACCAUUUGUCAUUUUUCAAACUCAGUCAUAAGACAAAUUAUGGUUUGCACAGAAUAGGUUGUUCUACACCUGCUAGGUCUAGUGCAGUUUCAGAGAACCAUACCUGAAGUAAUAAGAAACACUGGCCACUAUGACAAAGAAUAUGGUUAAGAACAAGAAUCUAAUUUACUUUUUGAUGAAUAAAUGAAGGUGCUUACAAUAUUCAACUAUAAUAUUUCCUCUUGAUAAUAUUCCACUAUUAAACUCACUGUCUUUGGUUUAAUUACUAUGUCUUCACUCAGUAUUUUGCUCAAACAUAGCUGAAUUUGUGCAAAUACCAAAUCAGAAUAUUUAUGACUUCAAGGGAAGAAUGGCAGAGCCACGAUCUCAGUGUUUGCACACCUGCAAAACAGGUAACCCCACACAGUAUAAUUAGCCUCCCAUUUCAGAAUAUGAUGAGAAGAUGAAGGAUACUUUUUUCUCAGGUGAAAUCAGCAAAAUUAGCAUUGGGAUUUCUGUAUUCUAUGAGUUCUGUUCUUAGAAUUCAGCAGAUACAUGCUGAGAGGAAAGAGAAUUCAAUACUUAGGCUAUUGGUGUUUCAAAAACUUCAGAUAAUACUAAUUUCCCUAAUCUAUGUUAAGACUUUCUCGAACUGAGAAAUCCUCACCACCCUAGUGACCAGUGUCCUGCUUCUCUUCACAAACUGGAAGAGAAUAAAUUUUUCACUCCUUUCUAACACUUGUACAUAUUAGUUAAUGACCAGGGAAAUUAAAUUGUCCCAAAUGACAUUGCACUAAGUAACUGAAUUGGGAGGUCCCUCAGAGUAUUUUUUUGAUGACACAUUAAAAUCCUUCUAUGAAGAAGUAUAAGGUAGAGAUAAGCUGGUAACUCAAUUUUGAUCAGCUCACUCCAAAUCAUCACUUUUUUUCUCCCCUCAUGCCAUCACCUCACAUUUUGAAUGAGUCAUUACAAUAAGAAAUCCGGUCUAAAUUAUGUCUUUCCUGUAAGUAUUGUGGAGACAAAGAUUAAAAUCACUCAUUAAAUACCCCAGGAAACGAAA